GUUUCAAGGGACAACUCUUGUUAAACAUGCUGUAGCCACUAGCUCCGACGAACUUGCUAGCCCGAUAUUCGGGUUCCUGACAUGGUGCAUGGCAAGAAUACCGGCUAUAUAAAGCCCAGCCGGAUGGCUUGGAAGAUGAAGCGUAUCAGAACAUCACAUACCUCCAUCGAGAGUGACACCUCUGCAAGGCCAUACCAGCAUAAUACCCACGCUACUCUAUACACCAUCCACACAUCGAAAUGGGCACUGUCGCACCUAAGAAUGUCACCUUCCUCUCCCGCAACCUCAAGAUCGCCGCCCAUCUCUACCUCCCAGCUACCGGCUCAUCGAACCGCUCCGGGGCUGCCGUGAUAAUAUGCCACCCUUGGACCUCCAUUAAGGAACAGUCUCCGGCUAAUUAUGCCCAUGUGCUGUCGCGGGCGGGAUUCUUGUGCCUGACCUAUGACGCCGCAUAUCAAGGUGAAUCCGAAGGCGAACCUCGAUCCCUUGAGGACCCAGCCCAACGUGUCGAAGAUAUCAAAUCCGCCGUCACCUACCUUACCAGCCUCAAAGAAGUCAAUCCCAAUGCAAUUGGUGUCCUUGGCAUUUGUGCGUCAGGCGGAUACGCUCCUUACGCAACGCAGUCAGACCUGCGUAUCAAGGCGUGCGCGACUGUGGCUGCUGUCUGUGUCGGUACUAUGGCACGACGUGGCCUGGACAAAGACUCAUCCAACAUGGACAUUUUGAAGACCCAGCUCGAAGCCGCGGCCAAGGACCGAGCCAGCGACGUGACGGGUGAAAAGGUCCCCAUAGUCCACUUGCUACCCGAGAAGCCGGAGGAUGCGCCCGCGAACUUUCCCGAAUCGUUCCGUGAUCUCAUGUCGUAUUAUCGAACACCGAGAGCUUACCAUCCGCGUGCAACAAAUACAAGCUUGCCGAGGAGCUGGGAUCUGAUGGCGAACUUCGACGCGUUUGCGUUCAAUGACAUGAUCAGUCCGAGACCGCUGCUGAUGAUCACGGGGACGAAAGCGGCAUCGAAGUGGCAUAGUGAGGAGGGUGUAAAGAAGGCGAAGGAGCCGAAGGAGCUUUUCGUCGUCGAAGGCCUGACGCAUGCCGACCUAUACGACAAGGUUGACGCGGCCGGGGCGAAACUGGUGGAUUUCUUCGGGAAGAGCCUGAUUUGACAUGAAGAAUGUAACCUUUGUCAAAUGACACGCAGGAACAUACACACUUAGCGCGGUUUAAACCCCGCGGCCAGCUCAAUCCUGCAGACAGUUUAUUAAUUAAUAUAAUGCCUGUCAUAUUGACUCUUCUCAUGGCGAGAGAUGUGAUACAUCCUCGAAUAGUAGUAUAGCCGGCGAGUGAGACAAAACACAAAUAAUUCUUGAAUAUCAUUCCAUC